AUGGCUCCAGCUGAGCGCACCGGCUACGCGGCAUACGUCGACGAUGCCAACGAGGACACUGGCAGCUCCGUCGAGGGCACCAGGAAGUAUGCCAUCUACGACGACGAACUGCCCGCGGCCAAGAACCGACCCAAUGUUGGCACUAGGAUGGCUGGCUCUUCCAAACGUACCAGCCUGAACGAGUCCGACUCAGCCCCUUCCCACAGAGACCCAGAUGCUCGCCGCGAGAGGACUCGUCCUGUUGACUCUCGCCGCGCCUCCCAGCAGUACGACAGUGAUCGUGAGCGCGAGCACCAGCGCCUUCGCCAAGAGAGAAAGAUUCGCGAGUCCGAGGCUCGUCGCUCUCACGGCCACUCACCCAAGGAAUCCUCGAGGAAACCGAGGCCGACCGUCCAGCAUGGUCCUCCCCUCUCUAUGUCCCGAGGCGUCUCCGAUGAGUACCCGCGCUACGGCUAUCAGCAGCCCGCUACACCUGCUUCCCGCCCCCGCCCAGGUUCGAGGUCGGCCACCUACUAUGACGGACAGCCAUACCCGCCUCCACCACCUGGCGUGGGUUGGAAUACUCCUCAUUUCCCUCCCGGCUACUUCCCUCCCGGUCCUCCCGGCCCUCCUGGCCCAAUGCUCGGUCGUCCCGGCCCUCAUGGCCCUCUCAUGCAUUAUCCUCAUCCCAUUCACGAAAUGUCUCCUCGUGGUAUGCCUCCGCCCUCACCUAUGGGCAUGGCUCCCCCUGGCUACUUUGCCGGUCCUCCACACCCCGGCUAUAGCGACCAUCUCAAAGCCAGGUUCGAAGCGAGACCUCCCUCUGCCAUGGGCGCUUUGGGCGGCCCCGAGCGUAUUCCUCCAGGUUACAGCCCGGAUGAGUUCGGGGAUGAGACUGCACCCAACGUCAUGCGCCGGACCUCACGCCCGUCCAGGGGCGAAGGUGAUCGUCGCGCGAUGCCACCUCCAGAACGCAUGCCCCAGCGCACCAUGUCCGCUGCUCCUCAGCCCAGCGGUCCUUACCGUCCACCUCCUGUCCGCCCCAAGGUAAACCAGCAUCCGCGGAGACCCUCCGUCAACAGGCAUUCGGUCAACUUUGGCGAUGACUACGACUACGAUGAGUAUGAGCCCGAUAGUGAACUAUUUCAAGACGUGUCUCCAGAGCCAUCUUAUCCCCAGAGGCGCUACGUGGAACCAGCGCGACCCAGGCGUGGCUCGCACAUCUACGAAAAUGUCGACAUCAUCCCAGCUGGCCGGCGUAAUCGCAGGGCCUCCACCUAUGGAGGGCCCCCACGCUCCGCCGCCCAGUAUGCCGAUUCCAAGAUCCGAGAUGCUCAAGAUUAUCAGGAUGCUAUCACUGGCGGGCCUAAGAUGCCGCUCACCGCCGAGAUGCUACAAAAGGCAACUCGGGGUAAUACCGGCAGUCAAUCCACGCGCAGUAGCGGCAGCCGUGAUGAUAGUGAGUAUCGUCGCAGCUAUACCACGGGCAUCACACGCUCAUCAUCCGGUAACGGUCCAGAAGAUGUCACCAUUAAAUUUGGCGAAGCCGAGUUCAAGGUGCGCGGUGCGGCAGAUUUCACGUUCAGCUCUCGCGCUCAGUCGCAGCAGAUUCGAUCUGGUAGUGACAAGUCCAGCACUGUCUUCCAGCUUGAGGACACUCGCGACCAAGAUCGAGAGCCACCGCGUAUGACUCUCCCCCAUCGAACCCGCGCACCAAGCCACUCGGAACAUCGACCCCGUGGAUACACGUCUGGAGCCUACUCGCCCUAUGAGCACAUGUACCCCGAAGGCAACGGCUACAGGAUCUAA